AUGGGGAAGCACUUCCACCUGUACGAGAACAUCUCCAAAGUGAGUCCCUUUGAGGGGCCACAGUACUACCUGGCUCCACAUUGGGCCUUCUAUAUGCAGGCUGCUUUCAUGGGUUUUGUCUUCUUCGCUGGGGCACCAUUGAAUUUUAUUGUUCUUUUUGUGACACUGAAAUACAAGAAGCUGAGGGUGCCACUGAACUACAUCCUGGUCAACAUUUCUUUCGCAGGCUUCAUUUUUGUCAUGUUUUCUGUCAGUCAAGUAUUUGCUGCCUCUGUGAAGGGAUACUAUUUUUUGGGCCCUACACUGUGUGCCUUAGAAGCUUGCAUGGGAGCGAUAGCAGGCUUGGUGACAUCUUGGUCCUUGGCCAUCCUGUCAUUGGAGAGAUACUUGGUCAUCUGUAAACCCCUCGGCACCUUCAAAUUUGGAAGCAAUCAUGCUCUAGCCGCCGUCAUCUUCACCUGGUGUAUGGGGAUAGCAUGUGCCUCACCACCGUUCUUUGGAUGGAGCAGGUAUAUUCCUGAGGGUCUGGGCUGUGCCUGUGGACCUGACUGGUACACCCACAGCGAAGAGUAUCAAUCCACCAGUUACAUGUACUUCCUCUUGGUGACCUGCUUUAUCUCACCACUCACCAUCAUCAUCUUCUCCUAUUCCCAGCUGCUGGGGGCAUUGCGUGCUGUCGCAGCCCAGCAGGCAGAGUCGGUCUCCACGCAGAAAGCAGAGAAGGAGGUGUCCAAGAUGAUCAUAGUGAUGGUGGGCUCCUUCAUCACAUGCUACGCCCCCUAUGCCCUCACAGGUCUGUACUUUGCUUUAUCGCCGGAUGAGAACAAAGACUACCGCCUGGUCACCAUUCCAGCAUUCUUCUCCAAGAGCUCAUGUGUUUACAACCCACUCAUCUACGCCUUCAUGAACAAACAGUUCAAUGGUUGCAUCAUGGAGACAGUCUUUGGCAAGAAAAUGGAAGAGUCUUCUGAGGUGUCUUCCAAGACUGAGACCUCCUCAGUCUCUACAGCAUCUUAA